GCUCCCUCCCUCUCUCUCUGCCUCCCUCUCUCUCUCUGCCCCCCUCUCUCUGCUCCCUCCCCUCUCUCUGCUCCCUCCCCCCUCUCUCUCUCUCACUCGCUCUCUCGCUCUCAGACACUCCCUGGUUCCUCCCCGGUGACUCUGCCUGUCCGAUAUCUCCUUAUGUGGUGUGCUGUGUUGCUGCUUUUCAGCUGGACUCUGGAAGCAGUUUUGACUGUUGUGCUGGACGGGGCUGAGUGUGUGAGCUGUCAGUCUGAGACUACUCUGUCUCCCUGUCCACCGACUCGACCGCUGCCUAUAACACCCCUCCUAUACACCUCAUUCCCUCCUCCUCUCUCGUUUUACCUCAGCCUUCCCCUUCUCCCUGCAUCCUCUCCCCCUCCCCUUCGCUCUACCUCCUCUCCCACCCUUCCCAUUCCGUUCUCUCUGCCUCUUCUCUCCUCUCCUACUCUCACUCACUCCCGUUUGUUCACGCUCUUCGAUUCAACCCCUCCUCCUCUUUGAUCAUACUCUGGCUGCAUUAUCUUUAGCACCUCCACCUCUCCCCCUCUCUCCUCUUCUUUCUAACCCUUCCACUUCACCCCUUUCACAGCUUCCCCUAACUCCCCAUCUUUAACCUGCUCCCAUUCUCUCUCCCUCUUUUCCUUUCACCUUCCCCCCUCACACUUCUCUCUCCCUCCCUCUCAUUCCACACCCCCCCAUACUCUUUCUCUCUCUGUCUCUCCCCCUCACUCCUACUUCCUCUCUUGCUCUUUCACUCCUCAUCACCUCCCUCUGUCUCCCUCCCUCUCUUUCCGUCCCUCCCACUCUUUCUCACUCUCUCUCUCUCCCCUCUCUGCUUCUCUCCCAUUCUCAUUCCCAUUCUUUCCCUCUCUCUCUCUUUCUCUCCCCCUCACUCGCUCUUCAUACUCCUCACUCUUCCAACACCGCACCCUCCUUCUCCCUCACCCUACCUCCCUCUAUCCUUCCCAUUCCACCACCACCCUCACCGAGGAGGCUCAGGAAGCUGUGAAGAGCUGCAAAGGGUCCCGGCCUCUCAGAUGAUGGGACCUACUAUAAUACUGCUGGUGGCUGCGGCGCUGGUACAAGGGUCCCAAGCGACGGAGAGGAACUGGACGCUGGAUGUCUCCACAGCCGUCGAUGGGCAGAAGGGCCUGUGCAUGCGACUGCCCUGUAACUACACCCUCCCUGAGGGUCUCCAGCCGAACCUGACCUCGGCUGUCUGGUCCCGGAAUCAUCCGUAUCCUGCAGGGACUGUUGUCUACCACCCAGAUCCGAGGAACAUCUCUUUGGAAUACCGGACCCGCGCCUGGCUCUGGGGGAACCUCAGCCAGUUCGACUGCUCCCUCUUCAUCACUGGCCUCCGGGGUGAAGAUGGGGAAAGGUUCUAUAUCCAGAUUCGACACCCCGAAAUCAACCAGACCCUCAACGCCUCACUCUUGCUCAAUGUAUCUGAUCUCCAGGUGAAGCCCAACAUCUCCUCGGCAGCUGAGCUCGUCGAAGGCACCCUUGCGACCCUGACGUGCCGUGUCCCCCUCCCCUGUGGGGGAGAGGGACCUCAGCUCACAUGGUCUGGCCUUGCUCACCUCAGCAGAAACACCACUACCCACAAUGGGACCCAGAAUGCCACUCUGUUUACCAACCUCUCCUUCAUGCCCUCUGCCUCAGACCAUGGCAAGGAGAUCACCUGUUAUGCACACUAUCCGCUGAAUAGCACCCAGACAAACCAGAUCUACCAGCUCGACGUGAGAUAUGCUCCGCGGAUCGAGGAAAUCUCCCUGGAGACGCUGAACGAGGGCGGGCACAUGGAGGUGAUGUGUAAUGUGACCAGUAACCCGGAGUCACGGGUGUGGUGGAGCCGAGACGAUGAGACAGGCCCCAGACUGUUGGUGAAUGGCACCACCCUGGGGAUCCACAACAUCAGCAGGUCACACCAGGGUCUCUACACUUGCCACGCCAAUAACAGUUAUGGAGAAGCAACCACGGUGAUGAAUCUCACUGUCCAUUUCCCCCCAAGGAUCCUGGAGAUGAACACGACAGCGGUGGUGAGUGAAGGGACCAACCUGACCCUGGUCUGCUCGGUAGAGGCACAGCCGGAGCCCAACGUCACCUGGACCCGUGGGUCUGACAUGGACCACAUUCUCUCGAAACAACCGAAACUCACCAUUCCCAGUGUGUCAGACAUGGAUUCCGGCAGCUACACCUGCUGGGCCAAGAACAGGCUGGGAUCGACCAACCGCACUGUCCUCGUCACCGUGGGAUACGCGCCGAGGAACCUGACCAUCCAGGCGUCGGUGAACGGGACGGCAGUGUCGUUGGUGAAGAUGGAGGAGUUUGAGUCCCUGACGCUGCGGUGCUGGGUGGAGAGCGUCCCGGUCGCGGGGCUGAGCUGGCAAGUGAACGAGGAGGAGAGGAACCGGAGCGAGGGAGAGAGCGAGCUGUGGCUGCGGGUGGACAGCGUGACCUACAGGGAGGACGGCACACAUCGCUGUACGGCCAGAAACGUCCUGGGGCAGGCACAGGUGGAUGUGCAAGUCAGCAUACAGUAUGCCCCCCGGGCUGUGGAGGUGAGGGUGAUUGGCGGCAGACCAGUUCGGGAGGGGGACAACGUGAGUCUGACCUGCUGGUGCACGGCUAACCCACCUGUCACCAAUACCAGUUGGUACAGGAUGGUCCCCGGGGCGGGGCCGGAGCACAUCGAUACGGGCAGGACCCUACACCUUGGUCGGGUGGCUCGGGGCAAUGAAAGCGCCUAUUUCUGCACCGCCACUAACUCUCGGGGCUCCAGAAACUCCAGUGUCUUCCCACUCACUGUCCAGUAUAAGCCGGAGAUUUCUCGGAUGUCGGGCUGCGCUCGGGUAGCGAAGGGCGUCACCUGUGUGUGUGAGGCCAGAUGGAACCCACCCGGGGAGCUCAGAUGGCUUCUCCCCCUCGCCAACCUCAGCGGGAACCAGACGCACGGCCGAUUCCAGACAGAGCUGGUGACAGACGGCCAACUGGUGACUGGCUCGCUGACCCUGAGAGGGGGUGAGGGAGAGGAGGAUCUGACUGCUUUGUGUGCAGUCCGAAACCGGCAUGGAGAGGUCAUGUUCAAGGUUUAUCUGUGGGUGAAAGGCCGGCGCUGGUCUUUCCAGGAGCUCCUGAUCCCGGUGCUGGGGAGUGCAGCCGCAACGCUGAUUCUCUCUGUUGUCAUCUGCCAACUCCUCUUAUGCUGUUCCAGGAGGAUAAAACCGACCCAGAAGGUGUCAACGGAAAUGCAGGUACUAACAACAGAGUCCAGACCGGAGGACGAAACUGGAGCCGAUCACAAUGCGGGAACUGAGGAUGUGUCGCCCCACCACCAUCCGUCAGGGUGCACACACUCCCUCAGCGAUGAGGCUGUAGAGUCAUGGCCUGCAGACGAGACAGAGGCAGAUUUUGUGGAUGCGACCCCGCCACCAGAACAGAACGGGGAAUUGGGGGCGACCCCAGAGGACCAGGACUCGGAGCUUCACUACGCCUGCAUCGACUUCUCCAAGGCCCGCUCAUCGGACGAGAUUGUAGGCAGCCGAGACAGCACCCAGUACGCUCAGAUCAAGCCGCAGUGAACCCCCGUCUCUACCCCCAUC